AUGGGUGGAGCCAACCUCUCUGUGGUGUCUGAGUUUGUGUUCCUAGGACUCUCCAGCUCAUGGGUGAUCCAGUUUCGUUUUUUCCUCUUUUCCUCUGCGUUCUACACGGCAAGUGUGGUGGGAAACCUCCUUGUUGUGUUCUCUGUAACCUCUGACUCCAAUUUACACUCCCCUAUGUAUUUCCUGCUGGCCAAUCUCUCCUUUCUUGACCUAGGAGUUUGUUCUAUUGCAGCCCCCAAAAUGAUUUAUGACAUUUUUAGAAAACACAAAGCCAUCUCUUUUGCAGGCUGUAUAACUCAGAUCUUCUUUAUUCAUGCUGUCGGGGGCACAGAGAUGGUGCUGCUCAUAGCCAUGGCCUUUGACCGAUAUGUGGCCAUAUGUAAGCCCCUCCACUACCUGACCAUCAUGAACCCACGAAUGUGUAUUUUAAUUUUGGCUGCCGCCUGGAUCCUCAGCCUCAUUCACUCAGUAGCCCAACUGGCUUUUGUCAUAGACUUGCCCUUCUGUGGCCCUAAUGUAUUGGACAGCUUUUAUUGUGAUCUCCCUCAGCUCAUUAAACUUUCUUGUACAGACACCAAUAGACUGGAGUUCAUGGUCACAGCCAACAGUGGACUCAUCUCUGUGGGUUCUUUCUCCAUAUUAAUUAUUUCUUACAUCUUCAUUCUGGUCACUGUUCAGAAACACUCUUCAGGUGGUUUAUCUAAGGCCCUCUCUACUUUGUCAGCUCAUGUCACUGUGGUGGUUUUAUUUUUUGGACCAUUAAUUUUCUUCUACAUCUGGCCCUUUCCCUCAUCACAUUUGGACAAAUUUCUUGCUAUCUUUGAUGCAGUUCUCACUCCUUUUCUGAAUCCAGUCAUCUAUACAUUCAGGAACAAGGAGAUUAAGGUAGCAAUGAAGAAACUUGGCCAUCAGCUUGUGAGUUACAGGAAGAUAUCCUAG